CAUUUUUGUGUUUGGCCAGAUCUGCAACCUUUCUACCUAUCUUCCAAAUUUCAUCUUUGUAAAUUUGACGGUGUAGGCUGUGGAAUCAGUUUUGUUAAUGUGGCGAUAUAGCAGUGAUAAUACUUUGAACUCUAAAAACUCCAGCUCUAACUAUUGAUCCUUCUCCUCACUGCUGGAGUACUGAGUCGUACUCCAGCCCAGGUGGUGGCGGACAAGUGUAGCUCAUUUGCCAAAGAAGAGCCAGAGGAAGGAGGAAAACCAACACAGACGCAGCUAACCUGAAGCAGUGGUCCUUACGACCUGUUGAUGGACUGGCUGCAGAGGUCAUGAUUUAAGGCUCAUCUGUUGACAAACAGCAUCAGCAAUGUCUGUCAACUCCCUCCUGCGCUGCACCAUCAGACUGGAGCGGACACAUGUGGCCACACAUUUAGUGCAGCAGAGAGCUCUGUCAGGUGCAGAUGCUGUCAAUGCACUCAGACCAUUUUACUUUGCAGUCCAUCCUGACUUUUUCGGUCAAUAUCCCAAGGAACGGGAAGUGAAUGAAAAUUCAUUAAAGAGACUAAAUGGCUAUUUGGAAAACCUGCAGAAGCCCAGGUCAGGCUCAGUUCAGCCAAUGAAGCUCACCUUUUAUGUGAGGGACACAAAGGACAGCAGUGAUGUACCCCCAGACCUCCUCACCUCAGGGUUCCGUUCAGUGAGUUUCACCCUGCACACAAACGAUGUUUUGAGCACGGUGAUGAAUGUGUUGAAGUCCUGCAGCCUGCCCAUGGAGCACAUGAAGGGACUGAAAGCCAAUGCAGAAGCAUCUAAACAUCCAGCUGAGGCAGGCGUUCCUUUCUACAGACCCAUCAAAUGGGAUAAGAGUUACUACACCUUCACUGGCUUCAGAGACCCUGAGCAGGAGCUGCAGCAGGCCAAGAGAGUAGAGCCUACACUCAAUUUGUGGCUAAGAAACAACGAGCCUGAGGCAACGAAGAAGCACAGUGCUAGUCUCCCUCGGAGAGAAGAGUUACACAGACUGAAGAAGGAACUAGGCCUCAAAUUUCACCUGGCUGACAUCAGGUGGCAGCGCAGCUGGGGAGUGGCCCACAGGUGCUGUCAGCUUCAGAGUCUGAGCCGGCUGUCUCAGCAGAACCCUGAGGCCCUGAACAACCUACAAGGACACAUUGUUGUGUUUAGUGACCAGUCAGGGAUGAACGCUUCAGGACACGUCAUGCUGGGAACCAUGGAUGUUCAUCAUCAGUGGACCAAACUGUUUGAGCAGCUUCCCAGCUAUCGUAGCCUGCAGCAGCAGACAGAGUGGCUGAAGGAGAGGAUCAGCCUCCUCCUUGGUGGGACUCAGGUAGUCCACGUGGAGAGGCUGGGACCAGUCCAGCCCAUCGCUGAACAUUACAGCACCCUCAACACCUUCCACAAGAGUCUGUUGUCCCGACGGCUUCGUCUGCACCCCAGGAGCCUGCAGGGGCUCACCAUGAUGUUGGAGAAUGACCGCUCUUCCCCCAGUCUUCAUGAGAUGGGCCACUUCAUUAUCCCCACCAACUGUGACCCUCCCAAGCUGCAGGCCUUCCUCCAGAGCCAUGCCCCCAAAGCCAGACAACGCACCCACCGCAAAAACCAGCUGGAGGCUGAGGAGGAGGCUGUGAUCAAGCUGUGUCUCCACAGUCUGUCUCUGAGGAGUCUGUCCAAGGAGCCCAGUGUCAGCUCCAGCCAGAUGAUCCUGUGCUGUAAAAGGCUGGUUGAACAGCGCUCGCCCCUCAUGCAGGGCCUCCACAUCUGUGUUUCUCACUUCUACUCAGUCAUGCAGGAUGGGGACCUGUGUGUCCCCUGGGACUGGACGAGCUGAGCCCAAGUGUUGGAAAUAAGUAUUUUUAGCACGUCCGGGCAGCAUAUAGACAUGUUUAACAGGAUCAUUUGUUAGAUAUCAGGAAAGAAGCCAAAGAAGAGGAAAAACUGGAUGCACAUCAGAGAUCAGUGGUUCCCAACCUGGGGUUCAGGCAAGAUGGUAGACAAAAUGACUCACAAGAAAGAGAAAAAGAAUAUCUUCUGAAAUAUUGGAGACUUUGACCUCUUCAGGAAUUAAAUAUGAAAGUCUGAGAACCAAAUAGUGUUUGGUUGAACUGCACAUAUGGAACCUGUGGUAAGGGAUGUGGGUAGACAUUGCUUGGCUGUGAAGGGCCCAAAAAGCCAAAAAGGUUGGGAACCAGUGGCAGAAGUGCAAUAUGACUGAAGCUUUUUGAUUUGACAUGUGCGUGGUUUGAGAAAGUCAGUAUUAUUUAUUGCUGUGAGGAGAGCACUAAGAAAGAAUUGAAAGAUGGUUCUGAUGAUGGUUCUGUUCAAGGCACAAUCUGUGAGCUAAAUGUAAACUAAAACCAGUUCAAUUCAAUACAGAGCUGAUUGACAGACUAACAGUAGACAACAGUGCAGUCGAAAGGGCUCAGUAUGCUUUAAAUGAAGUAGUUAGUCUGCCCACAUCUAAAGAUAUAACUUAAAUAUGGUCUGAAUGGCCACACUAAACGGCAGGGUGAAAAGCCUGCCCACAGCACAGUGUUAAUCUCACCUCAAAGACAUUCAUGUUGCGGCACUCGUGUUCACAUGAAAAGUGAUAGAAGAAGUUGUGUUAAGAAUGAAAAAAGAGAGCUUGAGAGAGAAGUUCAAACCCAGCCUACUUUCUUUCCUAAACACACCUGACCAAUCACUGCAAAGACUGAGUAUGGUUGUCUGUUUCAGAAUUACAAAAAUUGUCAUUUCUGAACAGAACAGUGUGACAAUCCUACAAGCACUUAAUUUGAAGCAUACUGAUGCCCUUAAGUUCCCUGUCUUGCUACUGUAGUGGUAUAAAAUGCAGAUUUUUCAUGCAGAAGUCAAACUCUAGUAUGUGUAUAUUUAUAGUAUAUAUACAAAUAUAACUGUAGCUGAUGUGGUCAGAAACUGACUGAGAAAAGACUUAUUACUUCACCAGACAAUUCACAAACAUUAACAAAGACUCUCCUACAGUGUUCUACUACAAGUUGGAUUCAGUCCCUGAUACCUUUGUGUCAUAUUACUUUUUUCAUAUGGACUAACCAGGACUGUGUGAUCCAGAAUGUGGACUAAGAUAUGUGUUGAGUUGCUUCACUGGAUGGCUGUUUGAUACACAACAGUAUUUAACAUGUGAGAUACUGUAAUAAAGUGUGGACACAUCCACUUACUGUUUGAACUAUUUUUGUAAAGGUACCAUGGCUGUGUAACAGAUGAUUCUUAUCAAAUAAAACUAAUUUCAGACUGGA